GAAACCGUAACCUCCAAUCACUACACUUCCACCUUCUUCACCUUGUUCCUCACUGCCACUCCCGUCACUGCAUGACCUCCGGCUGCAUCCACCAACGCAAGGCCAAGACUCACCAUUACAGUCCACCACAGUCUAGCAUCACCUAGGAUCUACCUGCGCCUGCCUGCGCUGCUCCAUAUCGCCAACCUUUCUUUUCUCUUCCCAUCCUUUUUCCACUUGCUUUCCUCACUACGUCCGAUCUCCUCUCCGGCCUGCUCACGACCUGCGCUCUUAGUCAGUCAGUCAGUCAUUCAUUCUUUCGAGAGUAUCCUCCGCCCGACCCAAACAUCCCCGAAGACUCCGCAUCGCCUGCCGAAAGUCGCAGUACAUACCAGGUUCCCUGUUGAAAGAGACGGGAAGGAGCACACACCGGGCCACGCAGCUCACUGCUUGGAAGGAGCGAGGCUUGGUCCACGUUGCGUCGACAGUCGUCACUUCACUUCAGUACGCCCGUUGUCGCCGGCGCGAUCCGCAACUUCCUGUAUCUCUGACCUCUGCAGCUACUCGCUGUAGCCCACUGGCAUUAUGGAUGACCAAAACCCCCAAGCCCCCUCGCCCAACGCCAUGUUGGUCGAUACACCCGAGGAACACGUUGUCGAACCAAACGGCGUCGAUAAUGACGAGGUCGCAAUCAUCACCCCGGAGGCUGACGAGAAGGAGGCUCCUGUCCUUGCCACUGACUACAAAACCAUGAAAGAGCACGUCCUUCCAGCCCUAAUCGACGAACCCCCAAUCCUUGAGGACCAGGUUUACACGUGGGAGAUCAAGGGUUGGCGCAACCUAAACAAGAAGGAGCAUGGUCCCAUCUUCCAUGCUGGUGGCUUCCCAUGGCGAAUUCUUCUUUUCCCGUAUGGCAAUAAUGUUGACCAGUGCUCGAUAUACCUGGAACACGGCUUCGAAGCGGACGAAAUGCCCGAAAAAUGGAGCUGCUGCGUUCAGUUUGCGCUCGUGCUAUGGAAUCCUAACGACCCUUCCGUCUUUCAUCACCAUUCCGCCCAUCACCGUUUCACCAAGGAAGAGAGCGAUUGGGGUUUUACACGGUUUCUGGAACUCCGGAGGCUGUUCAGUCAGCCUUAUGACGGUUCAAGCCGUCCUCUCGGCGAAAAUGAAAGCGUCAACAUUAGCGCCUACGUCAGGAUUGUCGAGGAUGAAACAGGAGUUUUGUGGCACAACUUCAACAACUACGAUUCGAAGCAGGAGACAGGCUACGUCGGUCUCAAAAACCAGGGCGCCACUUGCUAUCUGAACUCACUCUUACAGUCGCUCUAUUUCACCAAUGCUUUCCGCAAGAUUAUCUACCAAAUUCCUACCGAACAAGACGAGAGCAUGAUGAACAGCGCCUAUACUCUACAACGACUCUUUUAUCAGUUGCAAACAUCAAAUACUGCCGUGGCUACCAGUGAGCUUACCAAGUCUUUUGGAUGGGAGACCCGUCAUAUUUUUGAGCAGCAAGACGUCCAGGAGCUCUCGCGGAAAUUGAUGGAACGCAUGGAGGAGAAGAUGAAGGGCACACCACACGAGAAAGCCCUUGCACAGAUGUUCAGCGGCAAGAUCAAAACCUUCAUCUCCUGCAUCAACGUUCCGUACGAAUCCAGUCGAGUUGAAGAUUUCUGGGACGUCCAACUUAACGUUAGCGGCAAUAAGAACCUGCUGGAGAGUUUCCAGGACUACAUCCAGGUGGAAAAAUUGGACGGGGAAAACCAGUACUAUGCUGGCGACGAGUACAAACUUCAGGAUGCCAACAAGGGCGUCAUUUUCCAGAGCUUUCCCGAUGUUCUGCAUUUGCAGUUGAAACGCUUCGAAUACGACAUUCAGCGCGACACGAUGAUGAAGAUCAAUGCUCGCUACGAGUUUCCCGAGGAGUUCGAUGCAGCUCCCUUCCUCGAGAAAGACGCCGACCGAUCGGAACCUUGGGAAUACGAGCUUCAUGGUGUGCUGGUACACAGUGGGGACCUGAACACCGGCCAUUAUUACGCUUUCCUGAAGCCCACCAAGGACGGAAAUUGGUACAAGUACGACGAUGACAAAGUCACCAAGGCCAGGAAGCUUGAGGUCCUGGAAGACAACUUUGGCGGUCCUUUCCGGUUGCCGAAUGGACAAAUUAGGACUUUACCUCAAAAGAAGACACCAAUCAUGCGACCCAAUAGCGCUUACAUGCUCGUGUAUAUUCGCAAGUCCCGAAUCGACCAGAUCCUUACCCAGGUUACCGAAGAGGACACACCUCCACAUCUCCGCAACAGAUUCGCAGAGGAGCUGGCUGCUCGUGAAGCCCGACGCAAGGAGAGGGAGGAACAACACCUCUAUAUAGGGGUUAAGGUCGUCACCGAAGCGACGUUCCAGGAGCACGGCGGCACCGAUCUGACCUAUUUCGACACGACUCCUGACCAAGAUCCCGGGGCACCGAUUUACUAUCGUGUUCUUCGCCAGGAUACCAUGGAGCAGUUGGUCGCUAAAAUUGCAGCAGACCUCGGACAAGAUCCUAAACGGGUCCGGUUGUGGAUAAUGGUGAAUCGCCAGAACAAGACAGUUCGCCCGGACGUUCCUAUCAUGGAUCUUGCGCUUACAGUGGAGGAAACCUACUCCAAGGCUACUGCUCAACGGGAUGAGUCUUUACGUGUGUGGGCAGAAGUGGCUGAGGAGGUCAACGCGGACGGUGAACCCAUCUGGCCAUCGCAUCAGGCACAAGCUAACGGCGCGAUUGUAAAGGAUAACAUCUUGUUGUUCCUAAAAUGGUUUGACGUGGAGAGCCAAACCUUGAGGGGCGUUGGGCAUGUCUACGUGAGGUUGGACAAGAAGGUCGAGGAUCUGGUCCCUGUGAUUCUGAAGAAGAUGGGCUGGGGCGAAAAAGUCCCCAGUGGAGAGAAGAUUCAGCUGUGGGAGGAGAUCAAGCCAACGAUGGUGGAACCGCUACGAGGCAAGGAAACUCUUAAGACCGAGGAGUUGCAAGACGGAGACAUCAUCUGCUUCCAGCGGACCCAUGUGCACAAGUCAAGACUUGGUCUUGGCGAGAGCAAGCCUUCUGAAGACGCUAAAUCAUCGGACAAGUUGACGGAUGCUAGGGAGUAUUACGACUUCUUGUACCACCGCAAGGUCGUAAGAUUCUGCCCUCACCCCCAAAAAGCUGAUGUUCAGCAGUACCCACAGUUCGAGCUUGUCUUGAGUUCCAAGAUGAGCUAUGACAAACUUUCGGAGAAGGUUGGAGAGCACAUAGGUGUCGAGCCUACUCACAUUCGGUUCUAUACCAUCAAUGGGGCAAAUGGCAAUCCCAGGACGGCAGUCAAGAAGCUAUCCAACCAAACGGUAGAGAGGAUUCUUACCCCGCCGGGAUACGGGCAGAUGAACCUCAAUCAACUAUCAGACGCACUUUACUACGAAGUUCUCGACAUUAGUCUUGCCGAGCUAGACACCAAGAAGAGCCUCAAGGUCACUUGGCUCAGCGAGGGCAUCACAAAAGAGGACCAAUACGAUCUUCUUGUAACGAAGAGUGGUGUGGUUGAGGACCUGAUCGAGACGUUGGUCAAGAAGGCCAAGAUUCCUGGCGAGGAGGAGGCCGGCCAAAUCCGGGUAUAUGAAGUCAGCAACAACAAGUGGUACAGAGAUCUCGACAGAAACUAUCCUGUUAUCUCUAUUAACGAGUACACCACCGUUGUGGCUGAACGGAAACCCGAGGAGGAGAUUGGUGUCACUGAUCCUAACCAGUAUAUAACCGUCUUCCACUUCCAAAACGAACCGAGCAGGGCUCACGGCAUGUCGUUCAGAUUCUUGAUCAAAGAGGGCGAGCCAUUUUCGGAGACGAAGAAGCGGCUCGAAAAGAGAUUGGGAAUCAAGGGCAAGAGCUUCGAGAAGAUCAAGUUCGCUGUGGUUAGGAGGGCUCAGUUCUCACGACCCAUCUAUCUCCAAGACGACGACAUCCUGUACGAGAAGGCCGAAAAAGAGGACUACCUUGGCCUGGACCACGUUGAUCGGUCAAGGUCGGCGCGAAAUGGCGGUGGUGACUUGUUCCUCAAGGGAUAAGUGUAAUAUGGAUAGUGCUAGAGGUUUUGAAAGUGCUUGCUGUUUUCUGCCCAAGCUACUACCGACCAAGUUUCUGUCUGGAUAGGCUGUGCGCGGUUCGGCCAGAGUGUACACAUUACAUUGCUCAGCAGGCAGGCACUUGGGUGGCGGCGCUUGCAAUAACCUUCUUUGUUUUGCUGAGAAGGGAAAGAGGUGGCUUAUACACUGGCGUCUGUUGAGCAGCUGUGGGUGUAAGCUGUCUUUCGUCUUCAGGAAGUCCCGUAGUCGGGCAUCUUUGCGGUGCACUCGUUGCUAUCGUUAUUAUACUCCUAAAAGUCCUAGAAGUUCUGUUAUGUCAUCAACGGACGGCAUUGCAAGCAUGGGCAAGGCGUGGGUACGAGUAGAUGUUACUUGCCAGGCAUUGGACACAAAAUGAACAUAGAUCAUAACAACACAGUGGCCUCGGGCAACAAUGGUCGGGCUCAGAGAGUGGUGAUGGCCUUUGUGUAGUAUGUGAUUCUUCUUUUCCGAACCGACGGGCACCUUGAGGGCUCUCUGAAACACUUGCUCCACAA